AUGGCAUUGCUCAUUCUGCUGAUUCUAGUGGGAGCUGCUGCGACAGCACGCAGCUUUGAUGGAAGGAUCGUUGGAGGCUAUGAGUGCACCCCUCAUUCACAGCCAUGGAUGGUCUCCCUCCACUAUGGUUAUCACUUCUGUGGUGGAGUGCUCAUCAGUGAACAGUGGGUGCUCUCUGCUGCCCAGUGUUGGUACAAUCCAUACAGUAUGCAACUUAUUGUGGGCGAUCAUAAUGUACGCAUGUUUGAGGGCACUGAGCAGCUUCUGAAGACAGAUAACAUUAUCUGGCACCCCAAUUAUAAUUACCAGACUCUGGACUAUGACAUCAUGCUGAUUAAGCUCUUCCAUCCAGUGAAAGUGACUGAUGCUGUGAGACCUAUCUCUCUGCCCACUGGCUGUCCAUUUGCAGGAAUGCCAUGUACUGUCUCUGGGUGGGGAUCUAUCUACUCUGACUCCUCAUUUAUGCCCUUCCACCUGCAGUGUGCUGAUGUCCCAGUUGUGAGUGAUGAGGAGUGUGAGAAGUCUUAUCCUGGCAUGCUGACUCGUAGGAUGCUGUGUGCUGGUCAUCCUGAGGGAGGCCAAGAUGCAUGCAGUAGUGAUUCAGGCAGUCCGCUAGUAUGCUAUGGAGAGGUCCAUGGCCUGGUGUCAUGGGGUCGGGGCUGUGGCCUGCCAGGUUACCCGGGUGUGUACACCAAGGUGUGCGAGUUCCUCUACUGGAUCAGGGAUGUCAUGGCAGCCAACCCUUAG